AUGAACAGCCUCUUCUCCCUCCGCUGCCUUCGCAGCGCCGCUCCGCAAAUCACCGCCUCUCCCGCUGCAUCUCAACCCAGCACCAUUCUCCGCGCCAUCCAACAAUCAAGAUCAUUCUCCAGCACACCCGUACCGCAAAAGAGGAAUCGCGGCGGUCCCAAGAAAGAUGCUCGUAUCCAAUUGAUCCGCUACUUUCUGUCGCAUCCCCUCACACCCAGACCACUCAGAUUCUCUCGCGAUCGCUAUCUCAGACACUGGACAAUCCACCGCGCAUGGCAGGUCUACAAGGCUCAGCAGCGCACACAGCACGAGCGUGACCUCGAACGCCAAUACCAGAGCAUGAGAGAAGCAUGCGAGGCUCUGCGUCUCAUGGACUCGGCUGGAAACAUUGUAAAAGAAGGAGAAGCUGCCGCACAGGGAAAGAACGUUGGAAGGUUGUACAGAAUCGCCAUGAUGAAGAACGACAUCUGGGGCGGUGUCCCCAUUGAAUACGCUCGCAUCCAGACCGACAGCCCCAGCACCGAUGGCUGGAAUUACGGUUGGACGAGGUAG